UGGGAUGGCAUCACUGCAUCACAGCAUCUCAGGGCCCUCAAGGUACCCAGUACGUGUAGAUCACCAUCGACCUUGGAUGGGUUUCUCUCUCCCCAACCCGCGUUUUGCGCGUAUUAGCGAGGGCGGAAUGCGUGAUCCAUUAGCUAAGGGAAACUCGAGAUCGAACGAAAGCAUAGCAUGGUCAGGUACCGGAUACCUUACCUAUGCUUGUCCGGCCGGAGUCAGUUCUGGACCAGCUAUACGGCGAGAUAAAGAGUAGAAGAAGAAGACAUUGCCCGAAUCCCGAUAGCUCCUGAAUCGUGAAUCCCUUCCUCCUUCUUUUCCUCUUCUUUGUCCUCUUCUCUUCCUGUCAGACAUAACAUAGCUUGAGCUGUCAACCAAAGAGCCCCAAAGUUUCGAGCUACUUACCUCCAGCUCUCACAACUUCGUUUCUUACCUAACUUCUCUGCCUUACCAUCUCCAUCACAGCCAUGAGCCAGCACUUCGAGACUCUCCAGCUCCACGCGGGCCAGGAGCCCGACCCGGCCACCAACUCCCGUGCCGUCCCCAUCUACGCCACCUCUAGCUAUGUCUUCAAUGACUCUGCCCAUGGCGCUCGCCUGUUCGGCCUCAAGGAGUUUGGCAACAUCUACUCCAGAAUCAUGAACCCCACUGUCGAUGUCUUCGAGAAGCGCAUGGCUGCCCUUGAGGGCGGUGUUGCCGCUGUCGCUGCUGCCUCCGGCCAGGCCGCUCAGUUCAUGGCCAUCUCCGCGCUCGCCCACGCUGGUGACAACAUUGUCUCGACCUCCAACCUCUACGGUGGCACCUACAACCAGCUGAAGGUCAUGCUCCCCCGCUACGGCAUCCAGACCAAGUUCGUCACUGGCGACAAGCCCGAGGACCUGGCCGCUGCCAUUGACGAGAAGACCAAGGCUGUCUAUAUCGAGAGCAUUGGCAACCCCCGCUAUAACAUUCCCGACUUCGAGGCUAUCACCAAACUUGCCCACGAGAAGGGUGUCCCUGUUAUUGUCGACAACACUUUCGGUGCUGGCGGCUACUUCGUCCGUCCCAUCGACCACGGCGCCGAUAUCGUCGUCCACUCCGCGACCAAGUGGAUCGGCGGCCACGGCACCACCAUCGGCGGUGUCAUCAUCGACAGCGGCAAGUUCGACUGGGGCAAGCACGCCGACCGGUUCCCGCAGAUGGUCGAGCCGUCCGAGGGCUACCACGGCCUCAAGUUCUGGGAGACGUUCGGUGCCAUCACCUACAUCAUCCGCGUGCGCGUCGAGAUCCUGCGCGACCUAGGCGCCACCCUCAACCCCUUCGCUGCCCAGCAGCUCCUCCUCGGUCUCGAGACGCUGUCGCUCCGCUGCGAGCGGCACGCCCAGAACGCGCUCGCGCUCGCCCGCUAUCUGGAAAACAGCUCGUACGUCAGCUGGGUGUCGUACCCGGGCCUCGAGAGCCACGGGUCGCACGAGAACGCCAAGAAGUACCUCAAGCGCGGCUUCGGCGGCGUGCUCAGCGUCGGCAUCAAGGGCGGCGCUUCGGCCGGUGUCCAGGUUGUCGAUGGCUUCAAGCUCAUCUCCAACUUGGCCAACGUCGGUGACUCCAAGACGCUGGCUAUUCACCCCUGGUCCACCACGCACGAGCAGCUGACGGACGAGGAGAAGAUCAACUCGGGUGUCACGGAGGAUCUGAUCCGUAUCUCGGUUGGCACGGAGCACAUUGAUGAUAUCAUUGCCGACUUUGAGCAGUCGUUCAAGGCUGCGGCGGCGACUUCGACCGAGAAGGAGGGUGAGGACUUGGUGGUUGGUCAGGGCAAGACCGAAGAGGCGGCGCCUACUGUUGUCUAGGAAGUGAUACCCUUUGAAUUUUGGGAAAGCGUUGUUGUUUUGAGUUACUAGUAGCGUCACAUGAAAAUAUACGCCCCUCUUUGCAAAGAUUGUUGGGCUGCAAUGAAAUAUCAAAGAAGGUGAUCGCUGAUUGAAUGUUGAGGCAUCAAGCCAGAACUGCCGAUAAAAACAGCUUUUUCUAAGUGUCCUUGGUCAGAAUUUGAUGGUGACUAUAGUAUAGGUAGGUUAUUAGUAAGGCUCUUCGGCGAC